CAUUGUAAACAGGGGCGGACUGACAACUCAUGGGGCCCCGGGCAAUAGGGGAACAUGGGGCCCCUGUUUCCUUGCCCAAACUCAAAAAAGCCUAUGAAAAAGGUACCAGGGGCAUCUCAUGGGGCCCCCUAUUAACCCCCGGGCCCUCAGGCAGUGCCCGAGUUUCCAAAUGGUCAGUCCGCCCCUGAUUGUAAAUGAUGAUGCUGAGGAACCGCCUCAGCAGAAAAAAGGCGGCCAGAGCAGGGGAUGGACAAGCGGUGUUUACUACUGCUUUAAUGUACAAUAUAGUAGUAAUAUAAUAUAU